UCAAAGGGAACUGAGCAACACUACAUAUAUAUCUGAAAUGAGUUCGCGCUAUAUGGUCUACUGGCGCGUGUACGUCUAUGCGAAAAAUUUGUAUUCGCUGCCGGAAGACACGUCGCGCGGCUACCGUGAAUGCACGCCGUUCGUGUACAGGAGUAAUUCGCAAGAGGCGCAUCGUUUGCUCUGCUUUGCCAAUCGUGAGCUCUCCGUGCUGCUGUGCAAAGCGAAGGGGGAUCUGUUGGUCGUCUUCGAUGUGCUGCAGGAGCUGCUGCUCGAGGUGAACAUGAGGAGCGAGGAGUUCAACAUGUCGCUGGAAUACUUUCUGGGAUCGAAGACCAACCACUUUGUGCACGAGCUCCUCAACUUUGCUCGCUCGCCCUACGACGACAUGAUCAGCUACGAGUGCAAUGUGAACUAUCAGGAGAGGCCCUUCGAAACUGAAAAUCAGGAUGGGAAGAAGAAGAGGGUGAAGGAGGAGCCGGUGCAGCUGCCGCCGCUGCAGCUGCCGCUGUUGAGCACUACGAAACUCGUACGCAACUUCGUGGAGUUCUCCAAGUGUGUGGAUGAGAAUGAGUGUGUUGGCUUGUCGGGUGACCUGGAGGCAGAGGACGAGGAGCCCGAUGAGAUCGAAGAUCUGCUCGAUAUGGCUGAAGCGAAUAUGGAUUCACCAUUGGUGAUAGAGCUGCAUCGCCUGCUCGCCGAGCACAAUGCGGCCAACAUGGUGCGUGGCCGUCAGAGGAGCAGCCAAUCGAGCAAUGGCCAGGGGCUGAACAACACUGGCAACACUGCAGCGGCAGCGGCA